UCUUCUGCGGAUUGUGUCAUCGUGUGUUUGUCACGACACCAGGUCAGGUCAACCACAUUACCAUUUCAACGAGCGGCACGGCAGCAGCAGGCACCCUUUGCCCUGUUCAACGACAAAACCAAGUGCUGCCGCCGUUGCCGUGCCUUGCCUGGAGGCAUAAAGGCUCCCUCGAGAAACCAUCCUCGCACAAAAAGAUUAUUGCUAGUCCGGCGGAGGGCAAGAAAGAAAAAGUCAGGGGAGGAGGAGGAAGAAGGCGGCCAUGAAGUCUUCUAACAGGAACCUGUCGAGAGGGGAUGGGAGGAGGCUGGGGAAUGCGGCACUGAUAGCCUUCAUGCUGGGAUCCCUCCUCCUGCUCUCCCUCCUCAGGGCAAGGUUCUCCCCCAUCGGCAAGACAGGGGAGGCCAUGAAAGCAGAGGAGCAGCAGGGGUUGAGGAAGGGAAGCGCGAAGAUCGAGGAGACCGUCGAUGAUGCUACAGCAGCGUCAACCGCAGCAGAGGAGGAGGAAGAGGAAAUUCAACCCAAAGCCACCGACACCUCCACCUCCGGCAGCAGCGCCAGCGUGAGCACCGCCGCCGCCGUCGCCAACCACGACCAGCUUCCCAAGCCGGUCUGCUACGAGACGAGCCGCCGGUCAGACACGUGCGAGGCGUCCGGCGACGUCCGCGUGCAAGGCCGCACCCAGACGGUCCACAUCCGGCCCCUGGAAAAAGAAUGGAAGGUGAAGCCCUACUGCCGGAAGCACGACGCGUUCGCGCAGUCCCACGUCAAGGAAUGGACGCUCCGCCCCCUUUCAUCAUCCUCCCCGCAUUGCACGGUGAACAGCAGCGGGUCCGGGUUGACGGCGUUCGUGCUCUCCACGGGGGGCUUCACGGGCAACCUGUUCCACGACUACACGGACGUGCUCAUCCCGGCCUUCAUCACGUCCCGCCGCUUCCACGGCGAGGUGCAGUUCCUCGUCAGCAGCUACAAGUCCUGGUGGACCAGCCGCUACCUGCAGAUCUUCCAGCAGCUGAGCAACUACGAGGUGCUCGACAUCGACGCCGACGACGAGGUCCGCUGCUACGACAAGGCCGUGGUCGGGCCGACGUUCCACAAGGAACUCGGCGUGGACGCGUCCAAGACGCCGUCCCCGGGUUACUCCAUGGUGGACUUCCGUGCCAUGCUCCGGCAGGCCUUCGGGCUGGAGCGGGCCGCGGCGGAGCCCAGCGGCGACCGGUGGGACAUCCGGCGCCGGCCCAGGCUGCUCAUCAUCUCCCGGAAGCACACGCGCGCGUUCCUCAACGAGCGCGCCAUGGCGGACAUGGCCAUGAGCCUGGGCUUCGACGUGCGUGUCGGGGAGCCCGACGUGAGCACGGACGUGGGCAAGUUCGCGAGGCUGGUGAACUCGGCGGACGUCAUGGUGGGCGUCCACGGCGCAGGGCUCACCAACAUGCUCUUCCUCCCCGCCGGCGCCGUGCUCGUCCAGAUCGUGCCCUACGGCGGGCUCGAGUGGCUCGCGCGUGGCACCUUCAAGGAGCCUUCGCCCGACAUGCGGAUACAUUACCUCGAGUACAUGAUCCAGCUCGACGAGACCACGCUCAGCGAGCAGUACGCCAAGGACGACCCCGUGCUCAGGGACCCCGCCUCCAUUCACAAGCAAGGGUGGGACAAGCUCAAGACGGUCUAUUUGGACAAGCAGAACGUGAGGCCGCAUUUGGGCAGGCUCAAGAUCACCUUCAUGGAGGCUCUCAAGCUGCUGCCCCAUGGCCGUGGACAGAGCAACUGAUCAAAUGAGGCAGAUUACACCUCAGCAAUACAGGAGUAGUGGUAUAUACCAGCGGCAUCUUGCUGCCGCUCAAGUAAUUAACUAGUCGCGCGUGAUUGAUAUAUCUCGGGAUCAUGGUUGUUCGUUUCUUCGGUUUCUUUGGUUGGUUGUCACAAAGGCCGAGUUCAGUGACUACCGGAGUUCUCACUAGUAGUUUUGUACAGAUGAUGCAAAGUACAAGUAGUUGGCUCGAUCCACCCGUUCUCCCUCUCCUUCUUUCUGUGUGUCGCAAACUCCUGCUGCAAAAAAGAAAUGUAGUAAGAAGCAUGUGAUGUGAGCCGGGAAA